AUGACCCUCAUGUAUUGCAUGCAGUCUUCUCUAAAGCAGCAAGAUAGCCCGGAGGCAUUUCCUUCUUUGCGUUUGCUGCUGCUGCAUCCUUCUCUUGUCCCUCCUUUCUUUCAUGAGGAAAAUUUAUUAGCAGAGACAUGGAUAUAUAUGACUCUCCCCCCCACAACCAGCAGCAGCAGCAACAGCAGCAGCAGCAGCAACAGCAGCAGCAGCAGCAGAAACAGCAGCAAAAGGUACAAGAAAAAGAAGAGCCAACCACCUCACCCCCUCCUUAAUCCAGAGCUGCUCGCCCGGCUACACCCAAAGUGUGCCCCUGGGGCCCGCGUGUAUUUCUUCUUUGAGGUACAGCAGCAGCAGCAGCAGCAGCAGCAGCAGCAUGAGCAGCAGCAAGAGCAGCAAGAGCAGCAGCAGCAGCAGAUCCGUCGUCAGCUAAUAGAAGCAAUAAGACUCCUCCGUCUCAGCGCCAUGGGGCCCCAGAUAGAAAAUUCCCCUUCUGAGCGUUUAUUUGAAUUCAUAGAUGUGGGGCCCCCCAGUGGGGCCCCCUGGGCCCCCUGGGGGAGCCCGUCGGGGGCCCCCCAAGGGUCUGAUUAUAGAUUUGUAGAGCUGCGAGAAGACGACGGCUGGCUUCAAGGAAAAGUUGUACCCUAUACUGUAGCCUUUGAGGAGGAAAUAGAGGGGGGCCCCCAAGAAGCGGACCCUGCUGCAGCAGCUGCUGCUGGUGCUGGUGUUGCUGCUCCGCUGCAGCUGCGGCUUGCUAGUGGGGCGCAUUGA